CCCGAUCACUUCCAGUAAGGAGCCGGGGUGCUGGACGAUGGCGUUAACGGGACUGCUGCUGCUGGAGUUGGGUCUGUACGCCAGCUGCUUUGUGUGUGGGAUUGUUACCGCCGCUUCCAUCACCAUAGUCCAGGUGAAUUUAACACAAACUAUGGAUAAAAAUUACUAAUUUACAUCCGCAUGUAACUUUUAUACCUGGACUCUUCCGGGUAAUUUCACUUUUUUUAAGUGCGCGUGCUUGUGGUUGAAGUUUGACCUUCAUCGAAGAGCCUUAAAAACACUUACGGUAGACUGCUGUAUGUUUGGAAAAAAUAUAUAUUUUUUCACCCUCAUUUCAGCUUUUAUCCUACUCUGUAGUCGAUAAGCGACAUCAACUUGACAACUCCGCGCCCAAAAAAAGAAAAAAAAUAUUGGAAAUAAUAAUAGUAAGCCUAAUAACAUAAAUAAACGGGGGAAAAGUGUUUCUAGAGCUCAGCAUAUUUUUGUCAUUUCACUUAAUUAUCGUUAAAGCAGAAUGCGAGCAGUUGUAAAAGAAACACGCACUUUCACUUUCUCCUGUUGACCUUAUAACUCCGUGUUUCCAGUGACGCAACAUUAUAUUACACUAUUUCCUACUUUACUUAUGAAACUGUGCUGUGGAUUUUCCCUGAGAUUUACUCAAACAUGGUCUCCAUAAAUCACUGCUUACUAAUUUCCACGCCUUUAAAAAGUUUCUCUACCACAGUGAGACUGUGUGCUGUUUAUAUUGGGGUUAAACUCAUUUUACACCUUUCAUUUGAAUUAAAAUAGAAAUGAAUGAGUGAGUAAAAUGAGCACAUAUGCCACAGAUGGAUGUGAGCUUGCCAGCGCGCGACUAAUAACAGAGUCAUGUGUUUAGAUACUGUUCCCAUCAUGUGACCAGAUGGCCCUCGUGCCCAAUUAUUCUGUCCACUCCCUCAUAGGAGUCAGAUGUUGCAAUUUAUGUACAAAAUUUUUGAUUUUUGUGUAUUUUUCCUCAAAAUUAUUAUCAGAAGAAGCAAAGUUGACAUAGUUGAUGAAUUAAAAACCAAUGUCUCACUCUCUUUUUAGGGUAAUUUUGGAGGCCGGUGCAUGCUCUACGGACUUGUGCACUACAAUGGAUCAGCCAGCCUCAUUGACGUCCAGUCAUCCAGCGCCUCCUCUCUGUGUUAUUUUGUGUCUGCCAUAUCAGUUAUGGUGGCCGUGGUGUGUUUCUCUCUGUCUUUGUACUGGCUCUACAGUUUCUGCAUCGAUGGGGAGAUCAGGAGGUAACUGUACAGACAAUAUGUGAUUAUACGUAGCUUGAUAUUUGGCUCUAACUUGAACCGAACUCUUUCCCAUAAUCUUAUUGUCUUAUCUAGCAUCUUUGAGGUUGCUAUUUACCAUUGUUUCCUUUUAGGUAUAAAAACAGGUAAGACUAGAAACUGACAGCUGCAACUUCCAGCUCCCAAACCAGUAUCAAACACAGAUUUGGAUUAACAGUGUGGUAUUCUUGAAAACGUAAAUGGUACACACUGGUCAUGACUUGAAGGAGGGGGAAAAAUCAGAAAAAUUAUCAUAAAAGGCAGCAGGUCAUACUGUGGCAACUCUAUUGUGUGUUAAAUUGAGUUUGACAUCAUGCUCUGAGGUUGUAAUAACAAAGUACUCUUUGAUUUUCCUUUUUUUUUCUUUCCAUGGCUUCAUAAAAACUUCCCUCCAUUCUCACGCCCUCACUCCACAGGGAACGUUUGUGGAUGAACAUGAUCGUGAUCGUGUGCGGCGCCUUCCUGUUCUUCCUGCUCAUCACAGGAUGCAUGCUGAAAAUCGGACGCGACUCGCUCUGCAACUCGGUCAUAACUACUGUUCCCAACAUUACCAGGUAAGGCACGCAUAAACACCAAACACACACACAAGCGUUCGUCUGCACGAAGCAUGUACAGACAUGUCCACGCCAAACCGAACUCGGUCAAAUAAAGAGUUGAAAAUGACGCUAAAACUACCUUUGAAACUCGAGACAGUUUGCUUUGCUCCGUCUUUGCUGUUAUUUUUCUACAAGCUUUUAAAAACAUGAGUUUACAAAGUGCUUUAACAUGCAGGAAAACAAAGAAGAUAAAGACAAAACAACAACAACAAGAGAACACUUGGGUGGAAAUGUCACAUUACUGGCAAUAAUGAAAUAAGAUAAAAUAAAAAUCGGGGGAAGACAUAAAAGCUUUGUUGAUUGUCACAUGAGCUGAGAUGUCAUUAAAACAAAAACAUUAAAACAAAGAAGAACCCGUGAUACUCAGCCAGUUCUUUUCUUUGUUUACUUCCACUGAUCAACAUUUCUCCAGCUUUCACACAUUUAGAAGUGCUCAACUUUCAGUUUAGUUUUUGUGCCAGAGAAGCCUAACUUCCCUUUCAAUGGUUCCUGAGAACAGAUAAUUCCUAUUUCCAUGGGCCACAGGUAUCAGUUUAAAAACAUGAAAAUGUAGUCUAUUUUAUAGAAACCAAAAGAACCAGGUUACAUCAUUUAUUGCAAAAGACAAACUAAUUUCCAAUCUGCAUAUCUGCAAAUCUGUUUCAGUGAUUUUGUUUGUUUGUUUGUUCUCUUACUCAAUCCUUUUCUGUCUUUCAAGAUGUGAGGAUGCCCAGACCAGGCAGUGGGUCAGUCCACUUAAAGCAGGAAAGUUCUACAACAGUCUGUACAAAGCAGAGGUCAGUAGACUCCAUUGAAUUCCAAUAGCUAGCUUCUGUGACGAAAUGCAUGAAUAGUUGUAUACAUUACCGAAAGACACAUGAUUAAUCUUCUGUCUUCCUCUCAGACGGCAGUGUGGGUCAACUUCUUCUUCUGGCUCAUCAUCGGAGUUCUGGUGUUCAUUCAGAGGCGUCAGAGUUUAGGGUCAAAGGUCAUUGCUGGAGGGUUUGGCGGGCCGGCAGGAGGGCUUUUCGGUGAUCCCGGAGUGACAGCUGCAGAGACAGAGCCCUUCUUCAACCGUCCUACACGGCCCCAGUGAGAGUAGGUGUCCCGGAACACAAAUAAAAUGCAGUGUGAUGAUGUGGGAAGAAUUUGCGCUCAGGUGUGGUUUUAUAGGUAGCACAUUGAGUGUCAACAUAUGUUCCAAUUUGUAUAUUAAGCUCUUGACAGUGUGAUUACAGUGCAGGUGUGCAGUUAAAACACUCCGAUACGACGAGGAUGGGAUUCGAACCCACGCGUGCAGAGCACAAUGGAUUAGCAGUCCAUCGCCUUAACCACUCGGCCACCUCGUCAUGGCAACAGAUAAGAUAAAGUGAACAAAUAGACUGUCAUUUUUAGAGGCCAACUGAUAAUUCAAUUUAUAUUCACUGGUUUCCCACAAAUACUCAUUAACUAGCCAAAGUCGUCAUAGAUACCUGACGACUACAUUUCACAAAGAAAUGGUUUUGUUUUGUGUGUGUGUGUAACAUUUUGUUUACAUAACUUUGAAAUGGGAGAGUCUUUUACAGACCUACAAUUUUUUAAUUCAUUACUGUGUUUAUUUGUGGUGUGAAUAACAUAAGUUUGUCUGCUUUCCACUCAAAGCAGAGACUUUCCUUAUUUCUAUUUUUUAUUUUUUAACAUGUUUAAAGCCAUCUAUGGUGGCUGAGAACCGCCAGUGCCGCAAAAAAAAAAGUCACAACGGAAGUUACUGAUUAAAAAAAAAACGCAGCACGCUGCAAAUAAAAAGAAGAAAUGGUGCAGAUUAAAAAAACAAAAAAACAACAGAACUUAACAACGCAAAAAAGUAGCGAUGGAAAAAAAAAUUGACUUACUACAAAAGUAAAGGAUGCAAAUUAAAAAAGCCACAACGGAAGUGAGCUGCCUGGACUGAUAAUGAUGAUGCACCGGUGUUUUACGGUUUAGGCACAGAAGACAAGUGAAGAAGUAAGUGGAAAGGUUAUUGUUUAAUUUCGCUGGUUAGGCCAUGUUGCGCCUGAGUUGAUAUGAAGUUGAACUGGAAGAUAACGGAGUAGUGUUAUCUUUAGUUCAACUUCAUAUCUACUCAGGCACUACAUGGCCUGAACAAAUUACACAUUAAAAAGUUUAUGAAGCGAAAUUAAAUAAUGACCUUUCCACUUACUCCUUUGCUCGUCUUCUCACCGUCGUCUUCUGUGCGUCGAUCUUAAAACACUGAUGCAGUAUCAUUAUUGGUCCCCAGUAGCUCACUUCCGUUGUGGCUUUUUAAAUUAUUUUUUUGUAUUACACCCUUUUAUUUUCGCAGUGAGUAACAUUUUUUUUUUUUUUUUUUUUUUGCAUUGCCACUUUUUUUUUUUUACCUGCACUGCUUCUUUUCUUUAUUUGCUGCAGGCUUUGUUUUUUUUGUUGUUGUUGUUUUUUUUUUCAUUAGUAACUUCCAUUGUGACUUCUUAUUUUUGCAUCCAUUUUUCAUUUGCAGCAAUGUGCUUUUUUUUUUUUUGCAUUCUUUUUUAUUUGCAGCAGUGGCAGUUCUCGGCCACUGUAGCCAUCAGCCUACAAAUGCAUCUCCAAAAACAGCUCAUACAUCCAGAAAAAAAAAAGGCAGUUAAGCUGUAAGAGUGUUUAUGACAAAAACUACAAAUCCUUCAUCAAAUAGAGCCGGUGUAUCCAUACUAGUGUGUCCUUCAGCAACUUGUAAAAACAGGAUGUUAAUAAUGCUUUUUAUCUCCUCAUUUCCACCAUGGUUUUUCAACACGUCUGCCAACUGUACCUUGUCUUUAUUGCUGUAGAAAAUGACAGCUAUUGUGUGUCAAUUUGGAUACUUUUCAGACACUGAUUUUGCAAGACCAAGCGCCUGGUUUCCACUCUGGAAAGUAGAAAAGUAAUUCUAUUUGCAUGUAAUGUGAGGAAAAACAAUUUUGUUUGUUUAACAAGAGUCACGACAGAAAAAAAAGAAUGUACUCAGCUCUGCGCAUAACAGAAAAUAUGCAGUCUAUCAACUGACAAAAGGGUUGUAAAUUUGCCUAAAUAUGCUUUACUGUUCCAUAAGGACACAGCCCUCAAAGCAAGUUUAGGUAAUUUUUUUAACCCUUUAUUGAUUUGGUGUCAUGCAUUUGUACAUGUCGUCACCUCUUUUGUUUUUGGAAGUUCUCUUUGUUUUGUAUUUAUCUUUUUUUUUUUCAUUUAACAUUGUUUUUAAGUUUCUUUUUUGUCACAAAUGUUUGUGUUUUGAUCCUGGAUAGUUCAGUUUUACCAUGAACCAAAUCUCUUCUUGAGGAAAUACUUGCUUAGAUUGCUUUAACAGGAUAUUACAUCAUUCUGACUACUUGAUGUGUUCUCACCAUGACUUGUCUGUCUCAUAUCAGAGAAGCUUCUACUAGUUUGAUAUGUGUUUGGAAUUGUUUUCUCAAGAUGUUCAGCACAUGAUUCUAAGUGAUGCUGCUUUUUACACCAAUAAACCAAAGAGUUGAAACACAA